GCUAAAUUCCUUUAUUACUCGAGACGCCGUUGGCCAUCGGAGCCUAAAUUCAUUUGUCAACAACAAAAGUUUGGUGCUUCGUGACGGGGUCCGUGGGCAUUCCAAUUUUCUCGUUCUACAAUUCCUCCUCCUCUGGGCUUUGCCAUCUCUCAUCGAAUUGGGUUUGGGCACGAUGAGUGAGGUGUUUGAAGGAUACGAACGCCAAUACUGCGAGCUUUCGGCGAACCUUUCAAGAAAGUGCACUUCGGCUAGCGCCCUAAAUGGAGAGCAAAAGAAGCAAAAGGUUUCUGAAGUGAAGGCAGCAAUUGAUGAAGCAGAAGCUCUGAUUCGAAAAAUGGAUCUUGAGGCCAGAAGUUUGCUGCCUAACGUCAAGGCUGUCCUUCUAGCUAAAUUAAGAGAGUACAAGUCUGACCUCAACAAUUUGAAAAGUGAAGUUAAACGUAUUGAAUCUGGAAACUUAAAUGCAGCCACCAGAGAUGAGUUGCUGGAAUCAGGCAUGGCCGAUACACUGACGGCAUCAGCUGACCAAAGAUCGAGAUUAAUGACCACAACAGAGAGGCUAGGUAAGUCUAGUGAUAGAAUUAAGGAAAGUCGAAGAACCAUGCUAGAAACAGAAGAACUUGGAGUUUCAAUUCUCCAAGAUUUGCACUCGCAGCGACAGUCUCUCUUGCAUGCUCAUAAUACGCUUCAUGGAGUAGAUGACAAUAUUGGGAAGAGUAAGAGAAUUUUAACCAACAUGUCUAGAAGGAUGAACAAGAACAAAUGGAUUGUUACAUCCAUAAUUGUUGUUCUUGUCUUGGCCAUCAUCCUGAUAUUGUACUUCAAACUUUCCAAAUAGUAAGGUCAUCUUCUUCAUUUGGGUUUGUCAUAUUUGAGUGUUGUCAACAUGAGUUCAUGUUUUAUGUAUUUUUCUGGGUCUAUUGGGAGUUUGUACAUGGCUUAUGUCAUGAUUAAUUAUUUUUUGCCUGCAUCUUAAUCUUCUUCAAGAUUGGCGAGUGUUCACAAAACAAUAUUAAUGUUGUAAGGUUUGCCCAACGUUUUAUAUUACUGUCUAAUGUUCUAUGGGAUA